AUGAUGUCAGUGAGCUCCUACAUCAAUACAACUUUCACCGUCACCUUCGCCCGGUCUUUGCCCAACGGCGGCGAAGAUAACGAUAACGGCGCGACUAACAUCAGAGAUGCCGCUGUCGCCAUUCUGCAUGACCACCCGUCCGUUCUCACGCUCAGUCCGUUGGUUACUCGGUACGAGCGCGUCGUGGAUGAUGACGGUGCAAAUGCGAGCUCCAGUGCAGGUGGCGCAGUGUCAAGCAACAGCAACAAAGAAACAUACCUCAUUUGGGAAACGAUCUCGUACUUGCCGGGUACCCAUCUAUGGGAUGCGGAGCUGGAGAUCAAAGCCGAGUUCGAAGAUACGCUGGAUGGCACGAGGGCGGUGGUGACGGCGCCGUUGGGGUUUAGGAGUUGCUUUGAGUGGAAAAUCGUGAAGGAGGAUAGCACUAAUGGCGGAUGGAGAGCGGAAGAGAGCGUGACGGCGGCUUGUCCGUGGGGGUUGAGGUGGUUCGUGGAGGGGACAAUGAGAAAGGCACAUGAGGUCAUUGUGGAGAGGUUUGUUGAGAGGGUGGGUGAGGCGUUGAAGUGA